CCAAAGAUCAGCGCCUUUUUGGGCUCUUUGCAAAAGCGUGCAAACGGCUCGACGACUCAAAAGGGGGCAGCCAGCAAUACCAAGACAAAGCUAUCGAACGAUUCACGCCCCAGGCUGCCCUAAGCCCAGCUCCAGGGAAACAAAGCCACCCAUCAGUGCUCUGCUUUGCAUUGCUGCUGCACUGAAACAGAGACAGGGCAAGCAUGGCCGCUGCCAAGGACAGCAGCAGCUCCGACCGAAUUCGAAUCGAGGAGCGCGUGCUGGCCCACAAGUGGCUUGCAUCGAUCGCAUGCUCGGUCGUUGCCGUGUUAUUGCUGCUCCCGGUGUACGCCGAGCUCGUAUCUGAGACCGCCGACGCGAGCGCCGGCACGGGCUGCUGGGUCGUGCAGCAGUACAGCGUGAACGCGGCCCGGCCCGGGGGCGGCGUCUACAGAGAAAGGAUUAAGUGGGGGUGGACGUGGACGUGGCACAGCGACGACGCCGUACUGCCCCCCUGCUGCCAGAAUCUCUCCAACAAGACGACCCUGUUCGUCCCCUACGACGAGUCGUACGCCCAAGCUUUUCGAGACCAUGAUUACUGGGCGCGUAACUAUACGCUUCGUGAUUUAUCGUUGUGCGAGGAGGACACCACGUGCGCGAGUUGCGCCGGGGACGCGUUCACCGUCGAAGCUGCGACCUGCGCGGCCGGGCGCUGCGAAUCGCGGCGUAGCGCCACGGACGGCAGUUGCACUUGCGACCGCGCGUACGAGGACACGCAACGGGGUGGUGGCCGGUGGGCCUGCGACAUUCGCGGCUGCCGGUGGCGCCGCGAUUUCUAUAUGGGGCUCCCGAGUUACGCGCCGCCAUAUUGGGAUUGGUGGGCGCAGGACAACGAUUUUGCGAGCCUCUACGCGCUGUAUCUCCUCGCCGUCGCCGCCUCGGCGUUCGGCGUGGCCGCGGCGCUCUUGAUCCGGCGAGACUUCCGCCGGAGCGACGAGGACGCGGCUUCGACGCCGUUCCGCGCCUACCUCAAGGCUCUCGUGGCGUACUUCGUGAUCCAACUUUUCACGAACCUCGCCGUCUUCUGUAGCUUCAUGACGUGGCGAUGCGAACACCUGUGUGGAAAUCAAAAUUUUACGGCGCGUUCACGCCAUCGACGCGAUGCCUGCUCGAUGGCGUGGCGGUGCCGGUUCCUCGCCGCCUGCUCGAUGGCGUGGCGGUGCCGGUUCCUCGCCGCUCGACGGAGCCAGCACGGCCGCGUCAUCGUCGAGAAAUGUGCACCUGACACACUGGUUGAUUUCCACACAGGCGAGCACCACAACGUACAAACUACGCGCGCCUACGACUGCGACUGCGAGAGCCCGAACCCGACGGUGGCGGACAUCGUCGGCGGCGCUUGGGAGUGGCUUGAUGGAUUCAAGGGCUGGUGCGCGGGUGAAAAGGGAUCGUUCUCGAGGAACUGGCCCCACGUUUACGGCGACGAGGUGACGCCCGAGGGCGCCGCCCACAGCUGCGCCACGUACAUCGCAGGACUCUUGAUGGGCAUCGUGACUAACAUUGUGCUCGAGCUCGUGCUGGUCUGCCGCGUCCACCUCUUGGGAGGCGUGCCGGGCGGGCCGUCGCCGCGGACCUUGAAGGUCCUGCGGUGGGUCGUGGGCUGCCAGCUAUUUAUCAUAUCGUUACAGACGAUACUCACGUCCAAGCCCGUGCGGAAAUCAAAUAUCGCGGCGACUCACUUCGGUUUUCCACCCCAGGUACUGUUUGCAGUACGACCUAGCUAAGAAUUUCGUCACGAGCGACGAACAAGGUCGAAAAAACUUACAAGGACGCGCAUUAGAAGCGGCGACUUUAUUUACGGGGUCGGUCAUGGCACUGAUCGGAUGCUUGCACGUAUCUGUCUCCGUGUGCCUGUGCUACGCGUUCCUGCGGCCCCUGUGGCACGCCGACCGGCAACUCGGCGUCGGGGACCCGGCGCUGCGCGCGCAGACGCGACGCGUGCUUAUCGCAACGUUUGUCGCGGUGUUCUCGACGCUGGUGUGCUACCUUAACCCUGCCAUAGGCUUCGCGCAGCCUCUCGUCCUCUUCGCGGUCGACUCGAUCAUCAACGAUUUGUGUUUAUCAAUCCUCGCUUUGACGGACGCGGAGGGCGAUGCUUCCGCUGCGCGCGACGCGUCGGGCCUGCGCGUCGGCGUCGCGCCGGAAGACUCGCCGGGGCUAGAGCUGUCCGACGGCGCGGUGUUGUCCUGAUCGUAUCUAUCCGAGUUUUCUUUUUCGGGAUUACUAGUAGUAGUAGCUUUUC